GUUAGUGAGCUCGAGAAAUCGACUUCAACACUGAUAGACGUGAUAUUGCGUGAGCCUGCCCGGAAUCGACUUCUCGGUUCCAUUUCACCAUCCUGACGGAUGCAUGUGGAUUGAUUGUGGAAAUAGGUGACGACACCAGAUGAUAGUGACUGAGAUUCGACCGGGAAAGCAUCUUCACCGAUAAAUUUCUGUGACGUGCUCGUUCCUCGUCCGAAGUGUGGGAGACAGCAUAAGAUGACAAGUGAAGAGGCUGCGUCGAAGGCGGACACUGAGAGCGUCACGGAGCAGCGAGAGCGAUAUGGUAGUCGAUUGGAGGGAAUUCUAUACUGCAUCGGUUUCGCCGUCGGACUCGGAGAUGUUUGGCGCUUCCCCUUCCUUGCUUACCAGAAUGGCGGAGGAGCGUUUUUCUUCGCGUAUAUCGUCCUGAUGUUCAUCAUGGCUAUACCGCUCUACACCAUGGAGCUCAUGAUCGGACAGUUCUGCAGCCGAGGACCGAUAGAAGUUUGGAAAUGCAUGCCAAUAGCGAAAGGAAUCGGCUUUGCCAUGGUUACAGUCUCGUUACUGGUAUCAAUCUACUACAAUGUUAUCCUGGCGUACACAUUGUAUUAUCUAGCUCAAUCCUUCCGGUGGGUCCUGCCUUGGGCAGUCUGUCGCGAUUGGUGGAACACGGACAAGGAUACAUGCUUUGUUCAUGAUAAAGAUUUGGUCCUGUGCAAAAGUGUUCCAUGGCUUCUGUACAGCAAGUACGCGAGCACCAAUUUGACAGGACAGACAGUGUCGAUAUCCCUGGAUGACUCAGGCAGUCCAUUCAAAGUGCCGCUGGUCGAGUACGCCACUCUGAUGCUUAACUGUAGCAAUGCGACGAUGUCGGCCGCCGAAAUGUUCUGGGAGCGGGAGGUUCUCGAGCUCUCAUCUGGAAUUUCAGAAAUAGGGGGUCUGAAAUGGGACUUGGUCGCCUGUCUCUUCGCGAGCUGGGUCAUCGUGUUCCUAUGUUUGAUCAGAGGCGUAUCUUCUUCUGGCAAGGUGGUGUACUUCACGGCGACGUUCCCAUACGUUGUCCUGACGAUCCUUCUCGUGAAAGGCGUUACUCUCGAUGGUGCAAGCAGGGGAUUGGAAUACUUCUUAGUUCCCGAUUUCGGCAAGCUCACGUCGCUGACCAUAUGGCGUCGAGCCGCUGAACAAUUAUUCUACUCCCUGGCGAUCGGCUGGGGUGGACUCAUCAUGAGCGGGAGCUACAACAGCUUCCGCACUGUCACUACGGUGGACUCGAUUAUUGUGAUAAUUGCUGAUCUUAUCACAUCCUUCCUCGGAGGCAUCGCUAUCUUCUCAGUCGUGGGCUACAUGUCGGUGACGUAUGGAGUUCCGAUCGAAGAAGUGGCCAAACAAGGUCAAGGACUUGCGUUCGUCGCGUAUCCGGAGGCUUUGACGACCUUCUGGUUCCCCCAAUUAUGGUCUGUGAUUUUCUUCGUCAUGCUGUAUCUACUCGGUAUUGAUUCAGAGUUCCCUCUAGUGCAGACAGCUCUGACAGUCCUAUCAGACGCUUUUCCUGUUUUGCGGCGCCACAGGGCUCUCACAGCCUUCUUGACGUGCGUGGUAUGCUUCCUGCUGGGGUUGACCUGCGUCACGAGGGGCGGACAAUACGUCCUGAACUUACUGGAUUAUUACUGUGCCGGUGUUUCACUCCUAGCCAUAGCGACCGCUGAGGUUGUCGCAAUUAUGUGGCUCUACGGUGUCAAACAAUUCUCGAAUGAUGUUGAGUUCAUGCUCGGAUCGAAACCCAAUAUUCUGUUCCGUUUGUCGUGGACGAUAUUCUCACCGGUCAUCUUGAUGGUUCUCAUCGGCUUCUAUUUCUUCGAAUGGACACCGAUCGUUUACAACAAUAAGGAGCCGUAUCCUGCAUGGGCAGACUAUCUGGGUCUGGCCUUGACCGCAUUCUCGAUCGUCCAGAUUCCGAUCGUCGCCCUGUUUGUGCUAUUCAGGAAGAAAAACAUAUCCGAAGCUUUCCAACCCCAUGAAACGUGGGGACCUGGGGAAAAACAGCUCCUGAAGGCAUACAAGAAAUUCAAGAACGACUUUGAAGACCUGGAGCUGCGCCAUCGAGAGGUUAAAGGGGAUGACCAGUGAAGGUUCGGAGAGGCAUCCGAUCCGCUCCUCGGAGCAUCUCAACGAAAACCAAAGGACUUCAGAGAUUAAGCCUUGUAAACUCCAGUUUUUAUAUAAUAUAUACAUAGGCCGCGGGCUAGUUUUCCGGAGACCAUUUCACCCUCACUCUGUUGCAAAUAGUGUGCUGUCUUCCGUACAGGACGUGAUUCGCCGCCGUGUUUAUGCGAUUCAGUCCUCCACAAUCAUCUACAUUUACAUAUAUCUCGCAUCCCCUCUGUACGAUCAGAAACGAGUUUUUUACCGGGGCGUGUUAAUCAGUUCGAUGCCUGGGUACUCUUAGCUGGCAAAUGGAGCUGGAUACCUAUUCCAUACGUGGCCAAAGAUUUUGGGGAUUUCGGCAGUCGUCCCUUGUCCUUGGAUCGACUCGCCCUCGAAUCUGUUCCCACACAGUCUGUACGUAUGUAUCACCGAAAACAAGCUUUUCGAUGAGUGAGUGCGAAGAAUAAAGUCGGAAAAGUG